GGAGGGGGUUGUGGGCACGUGUGUUGAACUCUGGCAGCAACAAUGGCCACGGUCUUCAGUUUACAGUAUGGACUGGUGAUUGUGCUCUUGGGUGCCGCAGAACAGGCUACUUCCCUGAUUACCGGGCUGUUACUGUUGAGGCUCACGGGCCCUCAAGGUGGAGAUCACAGUACCCGAAUCAACAAUGCACUCUUAAAGGAUACAAAAGUCAAAGCCUCUCAUGGAUAAACUGCACCUACAUCCCCAUCACCACCACCACCACCACCACCACCCCUACAACCACCACCACCACCCCUACAACCACCACCACCACCCCUACAACCACCAUCACCACAACCACCAUCACCAUCAUCGUUGUGUCGGCAAUGAUAGGUGUUGGUGUUCUUGUUGUUCUUGUGGCGGUGAUGUGGCGUUUCCGGCAGCGAAGGAUAUCCAAAGAAGAUGUGAGGAUGCGAUUCCAAGGCGAGACCGAGGUGGUCGAGAACAGCCUGUACGAGACCGUGGAGAACAUUCGCGGGACCGAGGUGGUCGAGAACAGCCUGUACGAGACCUUGGACAACACCCGCAGGACCGAGGUGGUCGAGAACAGCCUGUACGAGACCUUGGACAACACCCGCAGGACCGAGGUGGUCGAGAACAGCCUGUACGAGACCUUGGACAACACCCGCAGGACCGAGGUGGUCGAGAACAGCCUGUACGAGCCCUUUGAAAACGUGAGGAAGCCGCGGUGAGGAAGAAGGAAAUGGAAGAGGAGGAGGAAGAUGAGGAGCAAGCGUGAAAACAUGGGAGGGCAGGCAACAAAAAGCCUGCUGGUUCAUCACGAGGCUGCCUGCUUUAGCGACAUGUGAAUCAGCUCGUCAGCCAAUUGAGAGACCUGCGCCACAGACUGAAGCACUUUUGUACGCACGCGCGGGCACUUCGAGCUCGCCCCUGACGCAGCAAAGUGACGACCAGUGCGAUCUUGGAAGGAAAUUAUCGCUUUCGAGCAAACUACUUCUGCUGGAAAGCUGUUCCAGUGGCGGACGGGUCUUCGAAAAAUAACUCCUGCCGAUAUCUGUGGGGUGGGCGAGGCGACGCACCCCCGGCGCAUGCCCCCAUUGAUUGGCAGAUUGCUGCAUCGUUUGAAGGAAGGAAGGAAGGAAGGGAAGAGAGAAAGAAGAAGAAGAAGAAGAAGAAGAAGAAGAAGAAGAAGAAGAAGAAGAUGAAGAAGAAAAAGAAGACGAAGAAGAAGAAGAAGAAGAAGGAGGGGGUGGGAGGAGGAGGAGAAGGGGGAGAUUUAUAACGACGUUGCUUGCCUUGCUGGUUCAAAACGUUAGGCGGGGACUGGAGGGGACACGAAACAGGUUGACACGUGUGUACGCGGCCAUGGGGACGAUGAGGGGCUGACGCGUGCUGAGAAUGAUGGCGAGAAGGGAAGAUAAUAAUAAUAAUAAGAAGAAGAAGAAAAGACCAAGUAGCCACGGUUAGUACAGCCAGUGGGUUUAAAUCCAUGACGGGUGUAUUAAAUAAAGGAAGAUGAGGGUUUGGUCGGCAUUAUAACAGCCAAUGAUAUAGCUUAUAUAAUAGCCUGUAUGACAUAUGUAUUAUAUGUGAAUAUUCUUUGAUGUGAAUAUAUGAGUAUGAUGCCCUAUGA